AUGGCCUCAUUGCUGAUCCUAGAGAACCUUAAACGCUGGGAUCAAAAUUGCAGUGUUGGGGAACUCCAGCAGCUCAGCAAGCAGUACAGCAACAUCAGACUGCUCCAGCUUGACGUGGUCUGUGAAAACAGCAUAAAGAAAGUCGUCAAGGAAGUGGAAGAGAUUUUGGGAGACAAAGGGCUGAACUGCCUCAUUAACAAUGCUGGGAUCAACAUGAGUGCUUCCCUGGAAGAAGUCACUGCUGAAAUCAUGCUGACCAUUUACAAAACCAACACUGUUGCUCAGUUGAUGGUCACUAAGGCCUUUCUUCCCCUUCUGAGGAAGGCAGCCCAGUUGGGCACUGGGAUGGGUUGUCACCGCGCAGCCAUUAUCAAUAUGUCCUCGCUUUCUGCCUCCAUGCAACUGGUCCAGGAAAAUGAAAUGUUCCUCCAAGUCUAUCCCUAUAGAAUAGCAAAGACUGCACUGAAUAUGAUCACCAGAUGUCUUGCUGCAGACUUGAAAGCAGAGGGAAUCCUUUGUAUUUCUCUGCACCCAGGCUGGAUUCAAACUGACAUGGGAGGAGACCUGGCCCCCUUGCAGAUACAAGACGCUAUCCCAGGUAUCCUCUCACUUCUGGCUAACCUCAGUGAAAAAGACAAUGGCUUGUUCCUGGACGGGCAUGGGGAAAUGCUACCAUGGUAACGCCCACUGUGAAGGACCGGAUAAGAUUCCUGACUAAUAUUUAACUGCUGGCAUCAUGGGCGGGGGUAGCAUAGGCAGGGGAAGGCAAUGCCUUCCCAUACUGCCUCACCUGGCCCCACCCAUGCUCCACUGGAGUCUCCCAGGCUCCCUCCCCCAGCCUGCUCUUGCAGUGCCAGAGGCUGGGGCAGGCAGGUGGGGGACUGUGUUGUGCUGCCUGUUCUGGUACUGCCACCUCUCUGGCUGCCCAGUGCUGGGGCUGGUGGCUUGGCUGCAGAAAAGGGGGCUUGCUGGUGAAGGGUCCAGUCAGGAAGCAUUGCCCGGGAAGGCUGGCGUCUCACCUCGCAGCUGUCCUCUCUGGAGUGCUGGGUAGCUAGAGUUGCGCAGUCCGCUGGAACUUUGGGGAUGGGGCUAUUGAUGCUGGGCAGGGGCAGGGGCAGCAGCAGCCCCAGGGGAGGGGACACUGGUGGGUGUGCAAAGAGCGGGGCCAGGGAAGGGCUUGUUUCCCCAAGCCAUGCAGUCCCCACCGCCCAUGUCUGGCAUUAAUGUCUUUGUCUAGAUCUCUCUCUCUUUUUUUAAUACUAGUUGAAAUAGUGUGUUAUCCAACCUGCACAGCUACCCCUGUGUAAUGGAAUUGCUAUGUUCUAACAACCUCUGAAAACCCCAAGAAGGAAACAGGACCCGGGGAGCAGUACCUUUCAGCAAACGCCCCGAUUUAGCAAAACUGCAGCCGAGGGGGAUUAUGCCUAUCGAAAUCCAAAUCCAAAGCAGUAACCAGGCAUGCUCUGUGGGCGAGAGUUGCAAGCGAGGCCCCUCGGUUGCAUUCAGGGGAGAUAGGCCUGUUGGCGUCGGAUAAGGGCAUUGCUACAGUCUCUGUUUGGAGGUGGAGGGACACAUCUGGAUGGCUCUUGCAGGCUGAACCACUGUGGUAACUCUUGGGCUGUAAAUCUGUCUGGGAAGUCAGUGCUGUUCUGGUGGGCGAUGACUGCAGCUUUAACUCAGUAAAUCCCCUGAUUGCUGCCCUGCUGGAGAAGUGUCCCAAUGGGGCUUGCACAAGACGCUUGUUUCCUUCCUCGCUGGGUGACCGACCCCCGCGUGCAUAGAUUUGUCUUCAAUAAACACUACUUUUGUAUAAACAAAA